CGUGACAGGUAUGGCAAGAUCGGAACAAAAUAUACAUCUAGCAGAACGCUUUCACAUUCGGUAGUCGGUGACGCGAUGGCAACAAAAAUCGUAGUUGUGCGUAACACUCGGUGCUGAUCACUUCUUCCAAAUCACAGUUUUGAGUUUAGUCACAUUGAUAUCUGAAAUUAAAGUUAUGUUAGUUACAAUGAGUGCGUUCCUUGUGUCAAUGGUUGAACUGUCAAACAUAUUUUCAGUUUUAGCACUUUUGAUAUGUUUUUGUGCUACGAUUUUAUUUAUAAUGAGCAGAAACAUGACGAUGUUCCGGCUGAACGGUGACGAGUUGAUGUUCGGCACCUCAGUGCACCACAUACAACAGCACAUUCCUCAGAUGAAGAUGAUGAAAGUGCAUAUACCCUUCACCUUCAAGCUGCUAGAGUCCACUAAGCCAUCCUACUCGGGAUCACCCACAGGUACGAGCUUCACGAGUUCUGGCAUCCAAAAUGCAAUAAACCUGCUAGAUUUGCAGUGUGUGAUAUCAAGUCAAGUUCCUUACACACUACAGGCCUUCUGGGGAGUUUCUAUCAGAGAGCUGCACCUUUUCCUAUGGAGACCUUGGAGUGUACUGCAAAAGGAAGUGGAACAAGGAAACUUACUGCAGGGUUUCUAUCAACAGAAGGGAGCAGUUGUACACAAGUCCAACCAUGGAGAUGAACUGUUUACACUGUACCUGCCUCAGCCAGAGCUUGACUUGGGUACUCCACCACGCCUGUGUUAUCCUCUGGUGGUUUUCCUGAUAAGGAAAGACAGUCAAACAAUGCAUCCUGAUGAGACGGUGGCUUUAAUCAAUGUAAUUCACAUAAAGGAUUCUGUUUGUACAUUGCCAACAAGUAUUCUUGCUCAGUAUCUGAAGCAAGCAAAUGGUCAACUCUCCUGUUUGAAGCAAUUAUAUCUAGCAACUGGUAAUCCUCUCACCUACGAUGAUGAACAUCCUACGCAGUCUCCUGCAGUAGUGUGUACAGAAGAUGAAGUAGGAUCAGUGUGGCAGUCUGCAGGGGAACAACUGUGUGUUGUAUGCCAACAUUUUCCCCUUUCAAGAGCUCUUCUACCUUGCCGCCAUACCUGCAUCUGUGCCAGCUGCUUUGGUAAACUUGAUCGCUGUCCAAUGUGUCGCAGUCCAAUACGCAGCUACUUUUGCAUACGAAGUGAAGAGUACAUGCCUGUUGAGCCAGGAAUCAAGCCAUCUGCAAAGAUGGCACAACCAAUGCGCUGGCUUCAUGAUCUCAAUGACCGCCUUACAGAUUUCUUAGGAUUUCAGCGGUGAAAUCUGUGGAGUGAAAAAGAUGUUACCAUUUGAACUGAAACUGCGAUUUGUGGUUACGCACUACAGUUGUAAAAUAAAGGGCACAGUGUGCCUAAACUGUAAAUACCAUUACAUAAAGGUUUCUGCUGUGUAGAAAGAGGAGGAGGAGGGGGAAGUAGAGAGAGAAUGAAUGAAUGAAUGAAUGUGUGUGUGUGUGUGUGUGUGUGUGUUAUUUAUGUAGAAAGAAGUAUCCAUCAUGCAAAGUCACCCGCAGUUUUAUCUGCACUUUGCUGCAAGACUUAACAUCAUUUGAUAAACUGACCAAAUUGUUGUAUUUCAUGAAAUUGUAGCUACAUAUUUAAUUUCAGAGAGUGAUUUCUCUGCUUAUUACAUCUGGGGAAAUGUAAAAAUACUCUGUAGAAUGAUAUUCCAUUCAUAGACAACUAACAAGAAUGAUUGUUCUGUUUCAUAGAACAUGUAAAUAGUAGUUAAGUAUUCCUAAA